UUGUUUGUGCGACUUGGCGAGUAAAAGAAGAACACACUGUAAAAAGCUGGUUGGUUGUGUGUGCGCUCUGAAAUUUGAAAAAAUAAAGAAGCAAAGAAAUAUAAAUUCAUUUCAUAUUAUUGACUGGCGAAGGAAUUACGGUGAAAAUAUUGCAAUUUCAAUCUGUUAAGAAAAUAUAACGAUAAAUUAUUGGAAAUAAUUAUUAAAAAUAAACACAAUAAUUAGAUACAAUUCUAAUUAAACAAAAAGUGCAAAACGAAGGUUUUUUGUGUUGCAAAGUGUUUGUUUGAAAAAACCGAGUGUGGAACGCGUACAAAACGAGUUGGAGAAUCAAUAUUGUAGAUACUUGUCAAGCAGCAAGCAAACCGAGUGGCCCAAAGGAGGUUAUGGUCAUAUAGCAAAAACGCUGGACAGGAUUUUUUAAUACACAGGCUCGAGGCCGUCAUCUAACAAUUGUGCUGCUAGAGUUGUAUAUACUUUCACCACACACUCGCUUACAAAAACACCUUUAUCAAAAGAAGAGUGGAAGAAAAGGUGUACAGAAAAACUCACCACUAAUAUUAUACAGCUGCCAUUAAAACACGAUUUUACUCGUUUACUUAAAAACAACAAUAUAAACAACAACCACCACCAAUACUACUGCUGCCGCUAAAAUAACACCACCAUCAUCAGCAUUAAAAGCAGCAACAUCAUCCGCAAAAUACAAAAGUAUAAACCAACAACAACAAACGCAUUUAUCAUCAAUAGCAAAAACAACAAAGUGCUCAACAUUUCUUGUUGUUGUCAUCGUAGUCGUCGUUGUUGCCUUCCCUUCUUUCGGCUCAGUACGACGUGCCGCCAUUAAGCAACAACAUAACACAAAAUACAAAACAAGAACAACAACAUCAUCAACUAAAAGAAGACUGUGGAAAAAGAACAAGCUGAAACAAGAAAAGAAAAAAACAUUACAAUACCAUCUGUCAUUUCUCAGUUUUAAAUUUCUCUUUUAGUUUACGUUUUUUUUUUUUUCAAUUUACUUUAUUACCCAUCUUCGGUUCUGUGCUGUGUGUGCAUGAGUGUUUGUGUUUUUAUUUUCUGUGUCUCAAAUCAUCGAUCUUCGUCUUGUAGUGGAGUCGUACAAACUAUAAACUGAAUUAAAAAAAAAGAAAACUUCACCACCACUCAAACAAACCACAAUAAAACAUGGCCAAUACCGGCAAAGAUACGGCUUCAUUUUUUGAAAAUGGUACUUCGGAACAAUUCGAAUAUUGCUUCAAAAUGUAUCCACAGGUAUUGAAAAUGAAAGCCGAGAAACGUAAUAAAAAACCUCAGGAGUUGGUACGUCUCGAUGAAUGGUAUCAGAACGAAUUACCCAAAUUGAUUAAGAGCCGAGGGAAAGAUGCCCACUUGGUGUAUGAUGAACUGGUACAGACCAUGAAAUGGAAACAGACCCGGGGUAAAUUCUAUCCACAACUCAACUAUUUGGUCAAAGUCAAUACGCCACGGGCGGUAAUGACCGAAACUAAAAAAGCCUUUCGCAAACUGCCCAAUUUGGAGCAAGCCAUAACGGCUCUGUCGAAUUUGAAGGGUGUGGGCACUACUAUGGCUUCGGCUUUAUUGGCUGCCGCUUGUCCCGACUCGGCACCCUUUAUGGCCGAUGAGUGUCUUAUGGCCAUUCCAGAAAUUGAAGGCAUCGAUUAUACCACAAAAGAAUACCUCAAUUUUGUUCAGCACAUUCAGAACACCGUUAAACGCCUAAACACACAGGCUGGCGGUGAGACUCCGGUCUGGUCGCCACAUCGUGUUGAGCUGGCUCUGUGGGCUCACUAUGUGGCCAACGAUUUGAGUCCCGAGCUGCUGGAUGAAAUGCCCAGCGGUAAGGGUGGCGGUGCGGCCAAGGCUAAUGGUUCUACAACAAUUGACAAUGUUCUCAGUGCUGGCGGUGAAGAUACUAAUGAUGGUGACGAUGAAAGUGCAGAACGCAUUGACGGUAAUAACGUUGCCACAGAAUCCGAAAAUGAAAAUACCAACCCAACACCUCUUGAUGGCGAUUCAAAUUUCGUUUCAAACGACUCAACAUCACAAGAACCCAUUAUCGAUGAAAACACCACACAGACAACAGCUACCGAAACCACUGACGAUGGCGAUGAGGCCGAUGUAGGCGGUGGCACAACACCACUGGUCUCCGAUUCGGAAAGCAACAUUGAAGCACCAGUUAAGGCUAUUACCAACAACAACACACGCAAAGAGGCCACCAACAACAGCACAUCAACAGCCGUAGCACCAGCUGUAGCGGCCGCAAAUGGUAACGGUAGCAUUUUGGCAGCAUCGGCAGCUGGUCUGGAGGGUGAAAACAGCAACAGUAAUUGUAUGCGAGAAUCCGAAUACGACGAUGAAGACGAUGAGAGCAGUAACAGUCGUGCAUUGAACGAUGAUGUACAAACGCCUUUAAUUAAUCACAAUACCACGGAUAAUGAUUCAUCGACAUUGAGUAGUGCUGGUGGGGCGGCCGCCAUAGCAGCUGCCACUAUAGUGGGACAAAAGAGGACUCUAAAUUGUGCAGAUGAAGCCUCAUUGGAGGGACAAUCACAGCCAGAAUUGAAGAAAAUACGUAGUGAUUAAAAAUUCGAGAUAAACUAAACAACACACACAUAAUAUUAUAUACAACAUGAAAGAUUAAGCAGAACAAAUUAAGUAAAAGCAGAGAAAUUUAGAAGUCCUCGCCAUCUCCUCUUAACAUUUCAACUAAAAAGCGUGUAAAAAGACAUUUGAGGAAAUAUUUAUAGCAACAAAAACCUUUUUGUUUAGUUAAAAGCGUUUUUCUGUUGAUUGGCUGAGGAGGUCCAAAGGCAGUUGUUUGAUGAAAGUAAUAAUAAUUAAAAUAAUAAUUAAAAAAUAAAAAAAAAAACAUUCAAAAAACCAUUUAACUUUAAGAAUUUAUAUUUAAUUAAAUAAUGAAAACAACAUCCUCUCUCCCUCCUACAUUAAAGAAAUUAAAGAAAAAAGCAGCAAAAUAUUGUAGCUCCUCCCCCCUUAAAAGCAAAAUAAAUUGAUUUAUUAAUAUUUCAUUUAUUUUAAUAAUUUAUAGAGUAAAAUCUUUAAAUUGUAAACGUUAAAGGUUUUCAAUUUCAAUCCUCAAAUUACCAAACACUGAAAACGUUAAAAAAAAUCAAAACAAAAUUCUACAAUUUUUUUUUUAAAUACCUUAUAGGUUUUUAUGUUUUUAUUUUAAAUUAAUAAUAAUUCUCCCCCAAAUAAUUAUAUUAAUAAAAAACAAAACCACAACAAAACAUUUACUUAAGCGUAUAUACAUAAUAAAUUAAGUUUUAGAGUUUUAAUGAGUAUCAAAAACAAAACAAAAAACAAAUAAAAUCAUCUUUAUUACUCCACUAAAAUACAACAA